CUGGCUGACAAGCGAAAUUCGGAACACAGCAGGACGACAGGCUGAACAAAUUCAGCCGCUGGCUCCGAGAGCUCGAACUCCAGGCAUGGAAAAGUCUUUUCAAUGCCGGUCAUGGUGUCGACGACGUGUUGACUUACAUCGCGAUCGAUGGAAUCGCUGAUCUGGACCAGGAAGAGUCUGACCGAUCCGAACUCGGCAUCUGGAUGAAAGAAAGCCAGAUCGGAGCGAAAGCUUUAUCUCGACCCGGGGAGCAUGGGUCUGCUGCAGAUGCUGUGCAGGUUCUGUUGACCGGUGUGCCUAUAAUCCACCUUUUACAAAUCUUGGCUCGGAUACUGAGAUCAGGAUGUUCCUAUCCGCAGCCGUAAACGCUAUCCAAGGCCCCGUCAUCUAUGUUUACAUGAGUGACACCCCUCAAGGCGAAGCCCAUCCGUUCUGGCGCGAGAUCAAUUCGCAACCCAAGGUGGCCGCAGCCCACUAUAUGGCGUACGAUGUCGACAAUCGUGACCACUACGCGGCUCAACCCGAGAAAUACUUCUGGGUCAAGGAUGGGAUUCGUUCCGACCGAUUGCAAGUCACCCAGAGCGAAGAAGGAGGUGCCCAAGAUCCCGUCAUAUUUUCCACUGGCGAGCAUGCUUCGCGAAGGGACCUCAGUCAUAGCGUCUCUCAGACGCUGGAUAGGUCGUCCAGUCAGGAUGAACAGACUGUCGAAGCAGAAUUGGACCGGGUAGAAACCGAGACAAGUACCAGACCCUCGAUCGAAGACGGGCACAGCUCCUCUCAACGGCAGGACACCGUUGAGGCUGCCUUGGAUGCCGUCCAGCUCUCGGCCGAGCACAUCGAGGACGUGUCUCAGCAGAUUCAUCAGCCGGCCAGAUCUGUCACAGCAGAGCUGAACGAUAGCGCUGAUCUGGCGGGUGCACUCGCCAGUCUAGUAGUGAACAGCACUUCAUCUGGCGAACCAGCGGUAUCUCAUCGAGAGACCGGUCUAGGUUCUUCGAUGUCAGACCGCCUCUCAAACUUGAUACGUCGCAGUCAAAGGCCCGCCUAUACCGUGGAGUUUGAUCCCCAAGUACACCACUAUCCGCUACCGGACAGUUUUAGAGCAGCCGAGAUCCGAUGGAUCUACAAGGUCUAUCCCAACGGAACCCGUAGCGACGCCUUUUUCUUCAAUAACAUUGUCCUCAAAUAUCGAAACCAGAGCGACGUCCGCUUGACUCAGGGUUGGAGCGACAAUCGGGUAUACCUCGAGGAUUUUGUGACCAUUGGUAUACCCUUGCGGGUCUACGAGAAGCUGCUCACGAAGCUUCGGGCGUUAUUCAGCCGCGAAGGGGUCGACCCGAAGCUGCCGGACACCGACGGCGAGAGUCAUUACGCCUGGUUGGACGUCAAACUCCGUAGAGACGCUCGUUAUCAGUUCUUUGUUCCGGACUCUUCUGGGAGGACCCUCGGACCGCUCCGGUACCUCGCUGAACGCACACACCGUUUGGAGACGAAACACCUCGUCGGCCGUGGACAGCUCGCUUUAAGGGUCAACCACGUACCUGGCUUAUCACCGAGACUCGGGGGUACUUUGUGGGGUUUCGAUCACGCAAGCUGCGUUGAUAUCGGCUCGGGUUCAAUACUCCGCUGAGAUUGCACUUCUCGGCGAAAGGUCCGUAUCAGGAAUGCAGACGCCCAGAGCUUUCGAUAGAUCUUAUUGAUCGAUCAAAUCGUCUUCCCACCGAAGCCAAAGGACCGUUCGAGAGAUAGGACCAGAGUGGGUAUCUUGUACGAGCUUGACAUGUUUAUGCAUGUGACCCGAGGGAAUCUGCGUUUACAAGGUCCCGCUUUUAUACGAUUCUAGUCCCUUAGGGUAAAGUGACGUGCGGGGCAUGUCGAGUGACCAGCUUGACGAAACGAUCCAGACGCCAACUUCUGCGGGAGCCGAGGUGCACAGGCUGCUUUCACGGUAGCGGCAAGCGGCCACCUCUGAAGUGUCGACAUUCCUUUCGCUGAAGUAGAGUCGUUUGCGUGCCUGUUCAGUGACCGUCGAUUGUGG